CGCAGCCAGAGAGGGACAUCUGCUCUCAUCAUCCACUCCAACACAACUACAUCCAGCUCCAUCACUGACAUCUUAACCAGUUGUCAGACAAAGGAACGGAGAAGUGAAUUAAGAACAGAAUAGACAUUCUCUGAAGCAGUGUUUUGGAGAAAAAGAGCAACAGAAAGCCACCAUGUCUUUUGAAGUAAAGGAGAAGACGGAGGUGCGUCUGGUGUUUUUGGGAGCAGCUGGAGUGGGGAAGACAGCCCUCAUCCAACGCUUCCUCAAAGACACUUUCGAACCCAAGCACCGGCGCACGGUGGAGGAGCUCCACAGGAAGGAGUACGAGGUGGGGGGCGUCAAAGUCACCAUCAACAUCAUGGACACCAGUGGCAGCUACUCCUUCCCUGCCAUGCGCAAGCUCUCCAUCCAGAACAGCGACGCCUUUGCCCUGGUCUACGCCGUGGACGACCCUGAAUCCCUGGAGGCGGUCAAGAGUCUGCGAGAGGAGAUCCUGGAAGUCAAAGAGGACAAGUACACGCCCAUCGUGGUGAUAGGCAACAAGAUAGACCGCCACAAUGAGCGCCGGGUGUCCAGUGAGGAUGCACUGUCUACAGUGGAGAUGGACUGGCACCACAGCUUCCUGGAGUCCUCCGCCAAAGACAACGUCAACGUGCUGGAGGCUUUCAGGGAGCUACUCCAGCAGGCCAACCUGCCCAGCUGGCUGAGUCCGGCGCUGUGCCGGAGACGAGAAACCUUCCCGAAGGAGAGCAAGAAACGACCUCCUAUGAACAAGACCAACAGCUGCCUCAUCUCGUAAUGAUGUGGAGCUGCUCAGAGGGCAACUAAACUAGAAGAGACUGAGAGAAAACUGCCCAUUAGAGACUGAAAGGGCUUUGUUGGUGGGUUGGGGCUUGGGGAUAGAACAAGAGACAGUGUUAAAUGUGUAAUGUAAUGUGUUAGGUCUCCUCAUCAGGCGUAAAAGUGUUGCACAAAAGCACAGGAUGCUACAGUGACAUGCAAGGAUGAAAACAGACACCACCUUACAGACAUGAAAGAAUGUGGCUGAACAACUGAAUGAUGGAAAAAAAGAACACGCAGGCACCACUUACUGUCAAAAAAGAUUCCCUUAUACAUUGUGACAGUGUAGGGGCAGAAUUAUGUAUCGGGAGCUCAGUUUACACUGAUAUGUAUAUGUGAUGUUGGUUUUUGUGUUGCUGUUGUUAAAAAAAAGUGCAAUAACUGUGAAGUGAUGCAUAUACAUGCAAGAGUCUGUUUACAUGAGAUAGUUUUACAAAUAAAGUGAACAACAUAUGAACUUAGAAACUGUAUAUAUUUUAAAAAACAACACAUAUAAAGAUAUGUUGUGAAUUCUUUGUGCAGCCUGUCUGGCCACUCUGAAAAGCUGCUUUGCAAAACCUCAUUAUGCACUUGGGGAUAUAACAUGUAAACCAUUAUUUUGCUGGUGUUUUUCUUUCUGUCUUUAAUACAUUCAAUACAUUUUUGUGGGGGUUUAUUACAUAAUUUACUUUCUUCUUGGUCGGGAAGAGAAAUCUGUACAUCCCUGCACCAUGUCUUUGAGAAUGUAAAUGGUGCAGUACAAAGACCAGGGUGGUGUUUGAUGUUUCUAUUCAGUGCAUAUUUUAAGAUAAAUAAAAUGGUUUUCCUAUC